AUGCCUUUUCCCGCCAGGGCGGCAUUGCACCCCCACCUCACGUUUCCGAUGUGGAUGCGUAUCCCAAGGGGGGCCCACGGACAACUCGAUUGCCACCAACAAAUGGAGGGGGGAAUCAGGAGCCUUCACCUCCACCCCAUGCGGGAAGACCUCUUUAUGGGGACUGCGAAGAAGACUACGGUAAUGAUUGGGGUGGCGAUGCGGCUGAUAUUAUUGAACCGGAAUUUAAGGUUUUUGAUGUUUCUACGUGGAUCCCCCGAUUGCACAAUGGGGAUAUAUACGCUCUGGAUAUGGAUCUGCGUCGAGCGUACGAAUAUUGGACACAAUCGUCCACGCAAGUUAAGGAAGCUUACGAGGCUCUCUAUGAAUGGAUGGAGACCGUGCGGGAUACAGACAACCCGCCCCAAUCAAUGA